CUUCGCGAAUUGUAGCAACACCACACCACCCAGCAUACGCAAUGGCUCUCGUACAGACAAACCCCGACGCGUAUGUCAUCAAGCCAGAGUCAGUCGCGCCGGCGAUUGACACCAGUGACUGGCCGCUUCUUUUGAAGAACUACAGCGACCUUCUCGUCCGAACUGCGCACUACACGCCGAUUCCUGCAGGAUGCGCGCCUCUUGCUCGCGACAUCAAGCAGUACAUCAGCUCUGGUGUCAUCAACCUUGAUAAGCCCUCGAACCCUUCAAGUCAUGAAGUUGUAGCUUGGAUCAAGAGGAUGCUUAGGGUUGAGAAGACUGGUCACAGUGGAACUCUUGACCCCAAGGUCACUGGAUGUCUUAUCGUCUGCAUCGACCGCGCGACUCGUCUCGUCAAGUCUCAGCAGGGUGCAGGAAAGGAAUACGUUGCUGUGAUCCGCCUCCACGAUAAGCUACCCGGUGGUGAGGCUCAGUUCGCCCGCGCCUUGGAGACUCUUACUGGCGCUCUUUUCCAACGACCGCCUCUCAUCUCUGCUGUCAAGCGCCAGCUUCGUAUCCGUACCAUUCACGAGAGCAAAUUGUACGAAUUCGACAACGAGAGGCAGCUCGGUGUCUUCUGGGUUAGCUGUGAGGCAGGAACCUACAUCCGUACUCUUUGCGUGCAUCUCGGCUUGUUGCUUGGUGUAGGUGGCCAUAUGCAGGAGCUCCGUCGUGUAAGAAGUGGAGCCAUGGACGAGACAAAGGACAUGGUGACUCUGCACGACGUUCUUGACGCCCAGUGGAUGAAUGACAACAACCGCGACGAGGAGUACCUUCGUCACGUCAUCUCCCCAUUGGAGACUCUUUUGACCAGCUACAAGAGGGUCGUUGUCAAGGAUAGCACUGUCAACGCUAUCUGCUACGGCGCCAAGCUCAUGAUUCCCGGUCUUCUGCGUUUCGAGAAGGGUAUUCAGCUACACGAGGAAGUUGUUCUCAUGACCACCAAGGGUGAGGCUAUCGCCCUUGCCUACGCUCAGAUGUCUGCUGUCGAGAUGUCAUCCUGCGACCACGGAGUUGUUGCUCGGAUCAAGCGUGUCAUCAUGGAGCGCGACCUGUACCCACGACGAUGGGGAUUGGGCCCAGUCGCGACGGAGAAGAAGAAGAUGAAGGAGAAUGGAACGCUCGACAAAUUCGGCAGGACCAACGAGAAGACUCCUGCACAGUGGCAAUCUGGUUACAAAGACUUCAGCGCCCCUACGGAAUCGUCGGGCGAUGCUGUCGCUGAAACGACCAAAACUUCCGAGGUUCUCGCAGCCCCGGCUAUCCCACCAACGGGUAUCAGCGCUGAAGAGCAGGUCGAAGCAGGUGCUGAAGUGGAGAAAUCCAAGAAACGCAAGAAUCGUGACGAGGAUGAAUCCCCUGAAGACAAGGCAGAGCGCAAGAAGAAGAAGGCCGAGAAGAAGGCCGAAAAGGAGAGGAGAAAGUCCGACAAGCUUGAGAAGAAGGCGAAGAAGGCCAAGGCCGAUGAUUCUGAGUCUGACUGAAGACCAGAGUUGGUUGGGUGAAGCUGAUAGCUUU